GUCUUAUAAGAAGGGUAACUGUAAGGUUUGUUGAGUCAGAGAGAAGAAGAACGACGAAAAAGAUCUACUAAAACAGCAACCCAGGAUGAGUCCACUGUUCCUCCUCUCUGCAGUGGUGAUGGUGUCCACCACUUGGGCACACCCUCACCACUCCCUUCUCUCCUCUGAGAUGGUUGAUUUUAUUAACAAGGCUAACACCACCUGGACGGCCACAAAGAAUUUCCAGAAUAUCGAUGCCACCUAUGUUAAACAGCUGUGUGGCACCAUACUGAAUGGACCCAAGCUACCAGAGCUGCUUCAUAAUAUUGAAGGCAUUAAACUUCUUGACAGCUUUGACGCACGCAAACAGUGGCCCAACUGUGCCACAAUCCAACAGAUCAGAGAUCAAGGCUCCUGUGGGUCCUGUUGGGCCUUUGGGGCAGCUGAGGCAAUAUCUGACAGGUUAUGUAUCCAAAGUGGUGGUAAGAUCUCUGUGGAGAUCUCCGCUGAAGAUCUGCUGGCCUGCUGUGAUGAAUGCGGCAUGGGCUGUUAUGGUGGCUAUUCUUCUGCUGCUUGGGAAUUCUGGGCAAAGAAAGGGCUUGUCACAGGAGGCUUGUAUGACUCUAAAGUUGGCUGCCUACCCUACACCAUCGCCCCCUGUGAGCAUCAUGUGAAUGGAAGUCGUCCUCCGUGUGGGAGUUCAGAGACUCCUAAGUGUGUGCAGCAGUGCACUGAUGGAUACUCACUAUCAUAUGAGAAGGACAAACACUUUGGUAGACGCACAUACGGCGUCCCGUCGGACCCGGAUCAGAUCAUGACGGAGCUGUACAAGAACGGGCCUGUGGAGGCAUCUUUCACUGUUUAUGAAGAUUUUCUGCUGUAUAAGAGUGGUGUGUAUCAGCAUGUGACAGGGGAUAUGCUGGGCGGUCACGCCAUUAAGAUCUUGGGCUGGGGUGAUGAGAAUGGGACGCCCUAUUGGCUGGCUGCAAACUCCUGGAAUACUGAUUGGGGAGAUGAAGGUUUCUUCAAAAUCAAGCGUGGAAAUGACGAAUGUGAUAUUGAGUCAGAGGUGGUUACAGGAAUCCCGCUUAACUAGAUGAAAUAAUCAUCACAGCAGACAAUCAAGAAAUAAAUCGAAGAAAAGACAGACCUCAUUCUGGGGCAGAAUUUGACAAAUUUCAUGCAAUAAAGAGGGAAUAAAUUGUUGUGUCUUGGUGUUUAUUUGAAAUUCUUUACCAUGAUUUCCAGGUUUGCCCCCCCUGUAAACUACAAAAAAAUUAAACUAAAAAAUUAAAGAUUACACUUGGAUGAAGCUCCAGCUGAAGCGUUUGUGAGGUGGAGAUGGGGAGGAGGUGGGUUGCAUGAAUGGGAGUCUGAAAGCGAGAAUGACGGAGAGUUGAGAUUUAAACCACAUGGAGUGGAGGCUGAUUGGCUCAAAGAAUGUGGGCAAGAAGGUGACUGGAUUAGAGUAAUGAUGUCAGUACUUAGUUUGACAAUGUGGGAACAUUGCUAUGUAAUGUGACAUUUUGAUUUGUACAUAUUUGAAGA